AUGUAUGAAAGACCAGAAGGAAUAGAGAAUUGUCGAAUUUGGAUUGAUGGAUGUUUUGAUUUUGCACAUCAUGGACAUGCAGGAGCAAUGUUACAAGCUCGUCAAUUAGGUAAAGAAUUAUAUGUUGGAGUUCAUUCAGAUGAAGAAAUUUUAAAAAAUAAAGGACCAACAGUAAUGAAUCUUGAAGAAAGAAUUACAGCAGUAACAGCAUGUAAAUGGUCAACAAAAACAAUACCUAAUGCUCCAUAUGUUACUGAUCCCAAAAUAAUGGAAGAACACGGAUGUCCUUAUGUUGUACAUGGAGAUGAUAUAACAACUGAUGCAAAUGGAGAAGAUUGUUAUCAAAUUGUAAAAGAUUUAGGAAAAUUUGUUGUUGUUAAAAGAACUCCAAAUAUAAGUACAACUGAUUUAGUUGGUAGAAUGUUAUUAAUGACAAAAACUCAUCAUUAUAAAGAUUUAAAUAAAAAUUGGAAAGAUUUAUUAAGUGAAGAUAAUUUAAUUAGAUUUAAAAAUUAUUCAACUGAUGAAACUGGAUUAAAUAAAGGUUCUGGAGUUUAUUUAAAUAUUCCAGAUGAAUCAGAAUUGAAAACUAUAGUUGAACCAAAUUUUAAUUUAAAAGAUCAAAAAUUAGUUUAUAUAGAUGGAGGAUUUGAUUUAUUUCAUCCAGGUCAUAUAGAAAUUUUAAAAUUAGUUUUUGAAAAAGCUAAAACCGCAAAUGCAAAAGUUAUAGUUGGUAUACAUGAUGAUUUAACAAUAAAUAAAUAUAAAGGUUUAAAUUAUCCAAUAAUGAAUAUUUUUGAAAGAUCUUUAUGUGUAUUACAAUGUCGUUAUGUUAAUGGAGGUAUAAUAUUAAAUGCUCCUUAUAAACCAACAAAAGAAUUUCUAGAUAAAAUUGGUAAUGUUAUAAAAGUUUAUCAUGGACCAACUGAAUUAGCUAAGGGGGUAUAUGAAGAUAUUGAUUUAUUAGAAAAUAUUCCAAAACAUAAAUUUGAUAAUAUGAAUACUGAAUUUAUUGUAAAUAGAGUAUUAAAUAAUAAAGCUGCUUAUGAAGAAAGACAAAAGAAAAAAGGUUGGAAAUCUGAAGUUGAAAAGGUUUUAAAAAGUAAAGAAGCAAGAGAUGUUUAG